UUCCUUUAGUCGCGGUGUCAGGGAUCGCAGGGCCACUCUCCGCCGCUGCUCCUUCCCCACGGUCCCUCCGCUCCGCGCCCGCCGCCACCGACGACAUGCUGCGCUGCGGCCUGGCCUGCGAGCGCUGCAGGUGGAUCCUGCCUCUGCUGCUGCUCAGCGCCAUCGCCUUCGACAUCAUCGCGCUGUCCGGCCGCGGGUGGCUGCAGUCUAGCACCCAAGUCCAGACAUCCUCGCUUUGGUGGAGGUGUUUCGACGAGGGCGGCGGCAGCGGCUCCUACGAAGAUGGCUGCCAGAGCCUUAUGGAGUACGCCUGGGGACGAGCAGCUGCUGCCACACUCUUCUGUGGCUUUAUCAUCCUGGUCAUCUGCUUCAUCCUCUCUUUCUUCGCCCUGUGUGGACCCCAGAUGCUCGUUUUCCUGAGAGUUAUUGGAGGCCUCCUGGCACUGGCUGCUAUAUUCCAGAUCAUCUCCCUGGUAAUCUACCCCGUGAAAUACACACAGACCUUCAGGCUUCAUGAUAAUCCUGCUGUGAAUUACAUCUAUAACUGGGCCUACGGUUUCGGAUGGGCAGCCACGAUCAUCUUGAUUGGCUGCUCCUUCUUCUUCUGCUGCCUCCCCAACUACGAGGAUGACCUUCUGGGCAAUGCCAAGCCCAGGUACUUCUACACUUCUGCCUAAUGUGGGAGGGAGACCCUGAGAAAGGCCUGCUGCAAGAUGGAUCUGAGGAGGAAACUGUUCUCCAAGGCACAGGAACCUAUGGUUGGCCAGUCUUCAUACGGUCAGAAACCCUAGAAUAAAUGCUAAAGAAAGUUCUUCAUAAAUAGUGUUAAGUUUCAUGUCCUAUGUAUGUCUUGUGGAGUUAAAAAAAAAAAAAAAAAGCUUUGUUUCUGUUUGCUAAGUAUACCUAAUUUCUCCUUACAUCAAUUCUUUAUCAUUUAAAUUUCAUUUGUUAAACAGCAUGCCUGGGAAACUUGGUAAGGUAGAAAUGCGAUGGCUUCUCAUUUAAUAAUCUGACGAAGCUUUUGUUUUUCCGCAUAGAAUGAGUUGUUUCUACCAAAGGCUGCAGAGAAGGAAAGCUACCGGCAAAUUUCCAUGACCAAAUAUUCUGAAAUUAAUAUUUUAAAAAAAAAAACUUUUUGAGUUUUUAUUUACAUAAAGAAGCAAAAAUGGUUUCCUAAGUGAGCAUCGUUUGUGAGAAUUUUUAGUCAGUGUUUUAAACAAUUAUUGUUUUGCUAAGCUUUGUGUUGACUUUCCCCGCUGUGCGGGAAAGUGUUCUCACACGGCCAAGGUUACAAUGAUCAGGCCACUGUCAUUACUGAAAUGCUAAGAUGAAUUUUCCUCUUUUAACAUAGUUUAGAGGGGUAGGUAGGGUGUGGGAAGAAGCCAUAUUAACAAAUCUGUACAGUUUUGCAUGACUGGUGGAUAUGACGAGGUCGGGCAGGAAGGCACGGGAGAGUUCCCACGGUCACAGCAGUACCAUUCAGACAUCCCAGGAGAAGACAUGUCAGUGCCUCCUCUCAGCCUUAACUGAGCGCUACUCAUAGACAGCUAGAAUACAUGUUUAACUGUAACAAAAACCUACAUAUAAUUAAAAACCUGGUCUCCCUUGGUAAACAUACUUAAAGUAUCUGUAUAACACACACAAGUGGAAAAUUUGGGAAUUAGUUUCUCUGAAUAUGUAUUGGAAGGGCUAUUAUUAUUGUUUUUCUUACCAUUUAUACUUACGUAAUAGAAACUAGCUUAUUUUAAAUAUCAGAACACUAUUUUGUAUGUUGCAGCAAAGACAUUUGCAGUUUUCAUUUCCAGCUUCCCCCAAUAAACCAGGUGUUCAAAUUCUG